CGCGUAGGCGCCGGUGCUCGGCUGCGGGGAGCGGUGGCGGAAGGAUGUCAGUGGCUGCUUACUGUAUAUUUUGCUAUAGACAAAUAGGAACUUCUGGUCCAGUCACAAAAACACACCCACCAUGGAAUUAUAUCAGAAAAAUUGCAAAGGUAACGGGAUCGCUUAUACUGGGAGGUUUUGUAUUCAUUACAUAUGAAGUCCUGUCCUUAAAGAAGCUACUGCAAAUCGAUACUCAAGCUGUAGAUCAAGAAAAACUAAAAUCCUAUGUAUAUGUACGUACAACUUCGCUACAUCCAAAUGAAUAUCAAGGCAUCAAGUACCAAGCCAGAAAAGAAAUCCACAAAGCUGUGAGGAAAAUUCUAGAAACAGAAGCUAAAAUUUUCCGGAGACCUUUCAAUGAACAAUUCAGUACAUUUGAUGGAGAAGAUCAUGAAUGUGCCUUAUGGCUCCUCUUAAAGAGAAGCCAGUCAGAAGACAAAGAGGUCCGACUGCAGGCUGUUCAAGACCUGGCAAACAACAGUCACUGGCAUGAUUAUCAGUAUGGUACAGUUGCCCAAACCUGUGAUCAAAGGACUGCUAUUGGUUUGGCUCGAUCGAAAGACAUUGACCUUCGCUUUUUCCUGCCUCCACCACCUUUGCCGAAAAUAAACGAUGAUUAUCCCCUCGAAGAUGAACUUCGCUUGUUGUUAGUAUCUUUACCUCAGGCUGGUCUUGAUCCAUGUGUCCAGUACUUCACAUCUCUUGCUUUACGUGAGAGUAGUCAGUCUCUUGCUGCACAAAGGGGAGGCUUGUGGUGUUUUGGAGGAAAUGGCCUGCCAUAUUGUGAGACAUUGAGUAAAAUCCCAUCAGAGACCGUGGAACUCUUUUACUUGCAAGCUUUAGUACAGCAUUCUAAGGUUUCUUCUAACUGUGAUAAAAUUGAAGCUAAAGGAGGCCUUCAGCUUCUACAGAGGAUAUACCAGCUGCGUAAAGAUUCUGCAAAAAUACAAAGGAACAUAAUUCGAAUUAUUGGAAAUAUGGCUUUGGAUGAACGUCUUCAUUCAUCCAUAGUACGUGCAGGUUGGGUUUCUGUCCUUGCUGAAGUAAUGAAAUCCCCACACAUCAUUCAGUCUUCUCAUGCAUCCAGGGCUUUGGCUAAUCUUGACAGGGACACAGUGGAAGAGAAGUAUCCAGAUGGUGUUUACAUCUUGCAUCCACAAUACCGUAGCAGUCAGCCUGUCAGAGCAGAUGUCCUUUUUGUUCAUGGUCUUUUGGGAGCAGCAUUUAAAACCUGGCGACAGCAAGACAUUGAUAGGAGUUUGGAUAAAAAGGCUUCUGAAGAGGAAGAGGACUAUAGCCAGUGCUGGCCAAAGACAUGGCUGGCCUCAGACUGUCCUGCCCUUAGAAUCAUAUCUGUGGAAUAUGACACCCAUUUGAGUGACUGGAAAGCAAAAUGUCCUGUUGAGGCUCACAGGAAGUCUAUUGCUUACAGGAGCAAUGAGCUUCUUGAGAAGCUCAGAGCUGCUGGAAUUGGAGACAGACCACUGGUGUGGGUAUCACAUAGCAUGGGUGGUCUUCUAGUCAAAAAGAUGCUGGUGGAUGCUUCCAAGAAUCCAGAAAUGGAUAAAAUUGUAAACAACACCAAAGGAAUCAUAUUUUAUAGUGUUCCUCACCACGGUUCCCAGCUGGCUGAAUAUUCUAUAAAUGCCAGAUAUCUUCUCUUUCCAUCUGUGGAAGUUAAAGAACUCAGCAAGGAUUCUCCUGCCCUUAAAGAGCUUAAUGAUGACUUCCUGUCUUUUGCCAAGGGCAAGAAAUUUUCAGUGCUGAGUUUUGCAGAAACCUUACCAACACACAUAGGCAGCAUGAUAAAACUGCACGUUGUACCUGUGGAGUCAGCAAAUUUAGGAAUUGGAGACAUUAUACCAGUGGAUGUUAAUCAUCUAAAUAUUUGUAAGCCAAAGAAGAAGGAUGCUUUCCUGUACCAGCGUACAUUGAAGUUCAUUCAGGAUGUUUUAGCCCAAGAACUUGGAGACUGAGUUUUUGCCAUCUUUGGCUGUUUAUUUCCUCCAUUUGGUGUAACACAGUAAGUUCUUAAAACGUGUUAGGGGAUCUGCAGAACUACAAAGAUUCUCUGUCAAUAGUAUUUGUGCUAAAGGAAUUUUCAGUAUAAUAAUUCAGACACCUCUCCAACUUGUUUUUAAAAUACAUUCAAGACAAGAACAAUCUGAAGGCCUAUAAUCUUGGCAAAAAGAAAUUGUGUGUUGGCUUCCAGUGACAUGAUCUGUCAACAUGUGUGUAAAUUCUCCAGCAAUUUGGCUGGGAGGUGAUGAGGAAUCAGUGGGAAAAAAAAUUUCACUUAGUCUGUAAAUAUUCCUCUGGAGCAACAGAGUUAGACUAUGGAGAGUGCAAAAAAUCCCACUUGCUCUGGAGAUAAGUGGUCUCAUUAAGGUAAAUACACUUGGGACUAAAGUCUUAGAGACAGGAUCAGAAACAAUUAACUUGAGGAAGGCAUUUGUUGUGUUGAAGGGGAAAGGAAGCAUGUGGCUGCUUCAAAGCCUUAGUUUAUUGUCUAUUUUAAAUAAUCUACCUGGAGCCUGAAGAAGUUUGUCCAAGUGACUGAAGGAAGGAUUUUAGUUUGGUGGCUCCAUUAGAAGAGUUUCUGUAAUUUGCUUUUCCUUUUAAGAGACCACCCAGAUUUGUCAGCAAAUAGGGCAUCUCUUUUCUGGGUGAGAAGGGGAUAGGUUUGUAGGUUGACUUGCACAGAUAACUGUAGUUUUUUUAAUCUCUUUGCAUAAAUGAAAACAAAACAAAGGAACUGUUCACCUGUUUGUAGCAUCUCUUUCCUACUGUUAGCAACCAGAGAGAUUGCUUUCUUUAGGACAGUGUGUGCUUGGUCAAACUCAGAGCAGUUCUUUGCUUGUUCACAUGGAAAAUAUAAAGCAGAGGCUUUAGCACUUUUGCUUUACUCUUGGGACAUACCAAGAAGAUGGUACAUUCAACUCCCUGGCUCAUGUUAUUCAGAAACCCUCUCUUCAGCUGUUUUAAAGAGGAGCAUUAAAAAUGCUCAGGUGGAGUAAGACAGGCACUGGCAAAAAUGCUGAUGCUAGGAGUUUGGAGCUCAGGUAGAGAAAAAGUAAAGUAGGGAAAAGUUCAGGUGAUGAUAAGGUCCCACUGGAAAUGCAAAAGAGCCCAGAUAUUUUUGGCUUUUUGAAGCCCAAGUGUAUUUAUUAUUGUAGAUAUAAACAGCAGUGUUUUCUUACUUGAGUUUGUAUUUAUGUCAACGAUACCUUAACAGUACUGGUGAGAAAUAAGCAUCUCUAGAAGAGAUCAGUGCUCAGACACUUUUAAAAAGUCUUAAAUAGCUUGCAAUGUAGUUAAAAACAGCCUAGUCUAAUUGUGCUCUUUUUCCUUCCUUUCUGUCCAUCCCCAACCCACUCUGAAAACAAACAUUGGCUGUGAUUAGGCUAUAGUGCCCUAGCUGACUGUUUGUUAAAUAAGCCCUGUAUUGAUUGACAGGCUUAAGACUCUCAGCAUCACUUGCAUGAAAUGGAUCUGAUAUUAAUGGCCUUAAAAUUACGGCUAUGAAAGCUGCCAAAAAAGGGUGCUGGUGCAGGCAGCAGUGGCCAUUGCAGUCCUGCUGGGUCCUGAGGCCACCCCAGCUAUUCCCACUUUAACACACUCCAGCCCAGGAGGACACUACAUCUGAAAAUGUACUUCUGGAAGCUAAGCCUUGACCUGCUGGAGUUGUAUAGCAGUAUAGAAAACAUAUGCACUGGCAAAAAGAGCAUUUUUUCCCCCCUGACCAAGAUGCAGGUAAGAACACUGCAUGGCAGUAUUUCAGAUAGAAAGUGUAACAGAACUGCAGUAACUUCUGAAGAGGUUUAUCCUUUUUACACUGUGUUUUAAACUUCAUAGUGUAAAUAUAUUAGAACACUUUGUAUUCACAAAGUAGAGGUACAUGGAAAAUUCACUGUGAAUAAACAAGACUUCUAA